GGGCUGCGGAGCGCCGCCGCUUCGCCUUCAAAGUGUGUCAGCCGGCUGCGGGCUUUGCUUCUACUUGCCGCGGGUUUUUUUUUUCUUCUUUUAAGUAACUGUUUUGCCGUUUUGUUAUUUAUUUUUUUCCUACUUCGUUGCUGUUAUUUUUGUUAUCGUUGUUUGUAAACUAAUUGCCUCCAUGGGGGGCGGAGGAAAGGAAAUCAAAGCUGCCGCAGCUGAAGGGUGUGCGAGCACGCUGGGGAAGAGCCGAGGAGCCGCAGGACAGGAUGGCAGCGGGAAGCCCGGCUGCCGCGGGGACCGCUGCCUGCGGCGGGCCGGGCCGGUCGGCUCCGCGCUGGCCGCGCUCCUCUCGGCGCUGGCUGCGGCCUCUUGCGUCUACCUGGGGGUGCGGACCAGCGACCUCCAGGCCAGGGUCGCGGCCAUCGAAGGCGCCCGAGGGGGCUUCUCUGCCGCCGCCCCGCUCCCUCCGCUGCCCGGCUUUUCCUUGGAGCAGCUGAACGCGAUGAUGCAGGAGAAAGUGGAGCGACUUCUCGCCCAGAAAUCCUACGAGCACUUGGCCAAAAUACGAGUAGCGAGAGAAGCGGCUCCAGAGUGCAACUGCCCACCAGGUCCUCCAGGGAAAAGAGGUAAGCGGGGAAGAAGAGGAGAGACUGGACCUCCUGGUCAGCCUGGUCCUCAAGGCCCUCCUGGUCCAAAAGGCGAGAAGGGAGAUCAAGGUGAUCAGGGCCCUCGGAUGGUGUUUCCUAAAAUCAAUCAUGGGUUUCUCUCUGCUGAUCAGCAGCUCAUUAAACGCCGCCUCAUUAAGGGUGACCAAGGACAAGCUGGACCCCCUGGACCUCCAGGGCCACCAGGACCCAGAGGUCCCCCAGGAGACACCGGCAAAGAUGGUCCUCGUGGGAUGCCCGGCUUAACGGGUGAGCCCGGAAAACCAGGAGAACAAGGAUUGACAGGACCUCAGGGGCCUCCAGGACAAAAGGGUUCUGUUGGAGUGCCUGGUGUUCCAGGGAGAGAUGGACAAGUGGGUGAACCUGGUUUGCCUGGCAUAGCAGGAGAGAAGGGAGAAGCAGGGCUCAAGGGUGACCCUGGAGAAAGAGGAGAGAAGGGGGAUGCUGGUGAGAAUGGACUGAAGGGUGACACAGGAGAAAAGGGUGACCCUGGCUCUUCUGCGGCUGGAAUUAAGGGUGAACCUGGUGAAUCUGGGCGGCCUGGACAGAAGGGUGAACCAGGCCUUCCUGGGCUUCCUGGACUCCCUGGAAUAAAGGGUGAACCAGGUUUCAUUGGUCCACAAGGAGAACCUGGGUUGCCAGGGCUGCCAGGAACAAAGGGUGACAGAGGAGAGGCAGGCCCUGUUGGGAAGGGUGAGCGAGGGGAACCUGGAAUCCCUGGACCAAAGGGGAAAACAGGUGAACCUGGAUCUAGAGGCCCCAAAGGGUCAAAGGGUGAUACAGGUGAGAGAGGUGACACAGGAUCUGCAGGUCCACGGGGACCACCUGGACAGAAGGGUGAUCAAGGUGCAACAGAGAUAAUUGAUUAUAAUGGCAAUAUCCAUGAAGCUCUGCAGAGGAUUGCCACCCUGACGGUCACGGGACCACCAGGACCACCAGGACCCCAAGGGCUGCAAGGGCCAAAGGGUGAACCAGGAUCCCCAGGAGCUGCAGGAGCUGAUGGAGAGCAGGGUCCUAAGGGCUCAAAAGGAGACACAGGUGAUCCUGGAAUGCCCGGAGAAAAGGGAGGAAUUGGACUGCCUGGCCUACCAGGAGCCAAUGGCAUGAAAGGAGAAAAAGGAGACGUUGGUUUGCCUGGUGCCCAAGGUCCUUCAAUGAUAGGACCACCUGGACCACCAGGGCCACAUGGUCCUCCAGGCCCCAUGGGACCUCAUGGACUGCCUGGCCCGAAGGGCAUAGAUGGCCCAGUUGGUCCCCAUGGCCCUGCAGGUCCCAAAGGAGAGAGAGGUGAGAAGGGAACUGUAGGUGACCCUGGACCCAGAGGACCAUAUGGCUUGCCUGGCAAAGACGGCGAGCCUGGCCUCGAUGGUUUCCCUGGUCCUCGAGGAGAAAAGGGUGAUAUAGGAGAAAAGGGAGAAAAGGGAUUCCGUGGAAUUAAGGGGGAAAAAGGGGAGCCAGGCCAGCCUGGCCUGGAUGGGCUGGAUGCCCCUUGCCAAUUGGGUCCUGAUGGAUUACCAAUGCCUGGCUGUUGGCAAAAGUGAUGAAUCUAACCUUACAAGCAUGAAGUUGUGUAUAUAGUGCUCCACUUUUUUAUUUAUAGUUGAGAACUGAAAAUUUGAUUUUACAAGUCAGAGAUAUGUUUACAUGUAGCUGCUUCUACUUGUUUGCAAUAGUCCAUAGAUACAUCUGUUUUUCACCUUUUCAUCUGCAGUUAGAUGAUACAAUAACUGCAGGAUAAACCUGCAAAAAUUGUCUCUCUAAUGGGAGAGAUCUCAAAACAAUGAUCAGUAAUAGAAAUUAAUAUUUCUGUAAAUUCUUAUAUUUUGGCUUGUGGAUGUGCAUGGACAAUGAGUGCCAUGAACUAGUUUACAAGAAAUUGUGACCAAAUAAGAGCAAAAUGCUAUGAAAUGUACUGUACCAGCUGCUGUUGGAGUUUACUGACUUGGCUUCCAUGUCCAUCUUAAGCACGUCACUGAUCCAUGACACCGCAUCUGCCCGUGUGCACUAAAAGCAUGAGUGUGUGUGCCAGACCUGCCUGCCGUGUGAAUCGUGAGUGGCUGCUGACGGUGGCCUUUGAUUCCAGCUUCUGAGUCAUUUCCUUUUGUCAUCUCAAGGGAGUCACACCAUGGCUCAUUGCUAAAAAGAGAUAAACCAGAGGAGCGUAGAGAGAGGCCUUGAAUUUUUGGGGAAUAGCAUUCCAGCUGCAGGUGGAUGGCUUCCAUUCUUGCGGGAUACUUGGCCCCUUGGAUCAGAGAGGGCCCCGCCUGUUGAUCAGCGUCGGUUUGCCUUGCACUGCUCACAGCCGUGAAGACAUUCACGAUAGGCCCUGUCGAGUCCUUCAUCGGCAGGGACAGAAGAUUGAAGAAGAAACCAGACUUCUCUGUGGGUUGUUUGAAAAGGUUACAGAGGUGCUGCAGGGAUCAUUUGAUGGCAGACACCGCCUGAGACCAGACGCUUCUCAGCCUCACUCGAGGACGAACAGAGUGUAUGCACUCUGCACGUUGUAUUUUGGGACUGCUGCAGGAGAAAGCACUCUUGAGGUGGGGAUGAAUCAGAUCAUCCUCCAGAGGAGGAUAACAGUGGAACUGACCUGAGAUGUAUGUAUCAUGGUGUGGUUUUCAGGUUAUUCACUUUGAAUUACACAUAACUAGCUGAACUUCUCUACGUGAAUUUGGAAGCAAUGCUUGGUUUUGUUUCCUUUUCCUGUUUCUGUUGCCAUAAAGAAUGCAUUUCAAUAAUCUAUUCAAAAUUUGUGAUGACGGCAUCGAAGAAAAUACUUUCAAGCCACAUAUUUGUCUUGUUUCAGUAUUAACAGUUUUUAUUUCAGAGUCUUUGAAGCCUUUAAGUCUAGAAAAGAAAGAGUUUAUUUUUAUGUUUCACAGAAUGAUGUAUUCAUCUUGCUCCUUUUAUGUUGUUACAGUUAUUUUAGUGGACAUAUUGCUCAAAAACCAUUGGAGAGAAACAAUUCUGUGUGAUUAUCACUGCACGCUUGUCACCACACUCCACUGUUGUUGAUUGUUGAUGUGUUGAUUUUUCUCCCUUUCUGUUCAGAUGGCUUUCUAGAGAAACAUUUCCUUCUCCACUAAUUUUUUUAAUGCUAGAAAUAUGUAAUUUGUGCACAUUUGUAGUUUUGCCACGAGGUAUUUUUUACAAUUUUGAGUCUUCAUAUGGUGCACUGAAGUUAGUUUGAGAGUAUAAUUUAUGAGAAAUGGUGCCAUAUUUGGCAGAUGGAAAUUCUUUUUAUAUCACUUCUGUUCCUAAUGUAUAUAGCAGAAUCAUCCCGUUUUUAGGAGGAUUUUUUUUUGAGAAGUUGUCUUUCAUAUGUAGACCAAAACUAAGUUGAAGAAGACAGCUUGUCUCCAUUCAUAUGAGGGCACCUUAUGCCCUUUUUGGAACGCACAUUUUUCCUGGCUCCAUCAUUUCUAAAUCAUGUGAAGAUGGGGUCACACUUUUUGUAUUGCUUCACAAUCUCAGAUCAAUGGAAAUGCCACUAUAAUUGAAUAUUUCUCUUUGAUUAAUCUUUAUUGUCAUUUUGGUAUAUUGGAGUCAAACCCAGCUUUUCAUUGAGGAAAACCCAGAUUUUUAAAGCAAAAAGUCAAUUUAGUGGCCUCCACUUAGUAUUAUCUUACUAAUUAAGACAAAAAUCUCACACUAUACACUGAAUACAUUUUUACUGCUCAAUCCCUUCUUUCCAAUAGUAAGAAAUAAACAAGUGUUCACAGAAAUGAGGAAAUAUGUUUUGCUUUCCCUAAAUUUUCAGAGAUGCAAGUAUCAACCUGUUAGAACAGUGAUGAUUUCAACAGUGGGAACCUUCAGGAGGGACACACAGAAUAUAAAACGUUACCAGAGGGUUACAGCCAUGGCACCACUGAGGGCCUUUCAGAGGGAGGACAGGAGCAGCACCCUGUAAGCCUCUGAGCUGCCACUUCCAGGCUGCUGUUGAGGCAGCAGUGUCUCAAGGAACCAGCAGGCUGGGUGAGGGGCAAACUCACCAGGAAAGAGUCGCUCACGCCGUGUCCUGACUUGGCACAUUUGGCUGCGUUGAUGGUACAUGUGGACACCAGAAGCUGAAUGUUUGUUAAGAUAUCGAAUACUGGCAAUCAAUACAGUAAGAUGAAAUAUUUUUUAAAGGUCCUCCAGAGUAUUUACAUGCAAAAUCAAGUAGGAUGUUUAUUAUCUGGCUUGAUGAUUUAGCAACUCCAUAUUGAGACUGUCCACAAACACAAAUAAUUUAAGAAAUAGCAACAAGAUA